CUGAAUUCAAGAUCACACUAAUGUUAAAUGCUCAGAAAACAUGAUCAUUAUUAGCAUCUUCAGUUUUUCUUUGACUUGUGCCCAAUGCACAAGACUUUAGUGAAUUUGAAUUAAUUUCUUGCAGUUACUGAAGAGCGAUGCAAUGAAGUUGGGAUUCUUGUCUUUGACCUUUUUGCGAACCUGGGAGCUUCAGGUUGUAUGACAUGAUAUUUGUGCUCUUAUGUCAUUGAAUUUAAUCCUUAUCUGGUAAAAGCAUUUUAUUUAUGUAGAGGCAUAGCCGCAUAUAGUUGUGAUGGGCAUAUGAUAUCAGUGGUUAUUUUCUUCAUUGUUACCCUCCUUUAUUUUCAGAGGAACAAUUAGAUUUUCCUGUUCUUUAUGCCUCUGCUAAAGAAGGAUGGGCUUCAUCGGCUUAUACAAAGAGUCCACCAAACAAUGCCAAAGACAUGUCUGAAUUGUUCGAUACAAUUGUACGCCAUGUUCCUCCACCAACUGCCAAUCUGGAUGCACCUUUUCAUAUGUUGAGAGGUGUAAACAAAAGAUUCCGGUUUAGAAGACAUUCGUGUCAAGGCUUUCAAAAAUCAUUUCGAAGACCGUAUUCUACCUCUUCCACCCUUCAAGUUGGUUCUAAUAUCAUAAUUUUCAACUAUAGUAGUGGGCACGUAGGGCCAUACACCGGAACCUUUAAUAGGUUCCGCCCUGCACGUAUCAUUCUCUUUGCAAAGGACUGUAUUGAUGAAGAUGUGCUGAUUAGAAUAUGUAGAAGUGACGAUAAUGACAAUGUCAUUAGGGUUUUGUGCAUCGAGUUUGUGUUGAAAAGCAUAUUAUGUGCAUUGGCUCAACCAAACAUGACAUUAAAAGAAUUUUUUGCGCUACCGUAUAUUCACACGAACAACGUUGAUAUUAUGAGGUUUGUGUUUCAUUAAUAAUUUGAUUGUGUUUGUAAUUUUUUAAAUAUAGAGUUGUUUAACCUUUAAUCUUUUCCAUAAAUAAUAGGGGUAUUCUUCUAGGCUUGAUGUAUUUGCACCAGAGAGGCAUCACAUUGCCAAACUUGAAUUACGACAACAUUCUAGUUGUGAAAGAAAAGUCAAUGUUUAAAGCUAAGAUAUCUAGCAUAGAGGCUGCUAUACAUGGGACUCACCGAAGAAAGGAAAUAGAUAUGCAUAAAGUUGGUUUGAUCUUUUAUCACAUACUGGCCGGAGAGUUGCCUAAAGAUCAGAUCCAUUUUAACAUUUAUAUACUGAAUGAAAAUUGUCUAAAUGUUGAAGAGGCUAGACACCUUUUAACUUUGCUUGUUCACCCGAGUCCAUCACGUAGGCUCAGAGCUGAAGAGGCGCUGAAUCACCCCUUUUUUUGGGGGGAUGAAAAGUCCUUGUUGUUUAUUAGGUAUGCCAGCGAAAUUGUCGAGAAAGAGAAGGAUUCUAUUGUUACGAAACGUCUCAACAGAGCCGGCGCUUCCGUGUUAAGCGACGGUGAGCGAUGGUUUGAUAUGGUUGACGAUAGGAUCACACAAAUGUCGGCAAAGCGUAGGAAAAGAGAUUAUGAGAAUGAGAUGUCUGGGCUAUUGCGUAUGUACCACAAUGUUAUAAGUCAUCAUUUGGAAUAUCCCUCCACAUCGGGACAUUUGUCUCCGAAAGAGCUCAGAUCUUAUGUAGCAAGGGUGCCGAAGUUCUUCAUAGUUUUGUAUGCUGUAUUCAAAGGCCUUGAAGACACUCUGCUGAAGAAGUAUCCCGUUUUAAGGAACUAUUUAUAAACUUAUUCUAUCACAUGGGACCCCAGGGGAGUUAGCUCUCCAGACUGUGCAGUUAACUUUUUCUCAACUGCAUUCGGAGGAAUUCAGAAUAUAGAUCGUUCAGAAGUGUGUUCAGUAGAUCGAACUGAUAUGUAUCUUGCAUUAGAUGACUUGAGUUAUCCUUUGUUGACUAUUGAUCACUGUUACUCUAUUAG